CCUGCCCCUGAUCAUUCACGCCGGAGAUUGUAAGAUGGCAGCAGCAGCAGCAGCAGGACGAGUCUUGCAGCCUCUUCUGCGGACCUUCAGCGCCCAGAGCCGGCAGCUCUCAGCCGCCGCGCACGGCGAGCCACACCAGGCUGCGCGCACAUGGAAGAUCCUGUCGUUCGUGGUGGCGCUCCCUGCGGUGGGGGUCUGCAUGCUCAACACUUACCUGAAGAUGCAGCAUCACUCCCAUGAGCAGCCUGAGUUUAUCGCCUACCCACACCUGCAGAUUCGCAGCAAGCCCUUCCCCUGGGGCGACGGGAACCACAGUUUGUUCCACAACUCUCAUGUGAACCCUCUCCCCACUGGCUACGAAGGUGGGGAGCACUAAGCUGGACCGGGUCCACCACCACUGGGACCAGCACACCAGUGCAGCUCAUCACACCUCCUCUGUAUUUCUUGCAGUCUAACAUGCUUUACCUCUGUUAUUGUUUGAGAGGGACACACAUGAAUAAAUUAGUAAAAUGCUA